AUGAUGAUUCUUCAGUUAAUCAUGCUUGCUCUGGUGACAGGGCAUGUAGGGGGAGAGACCAGGAUCAUCAAGGGGUACCAGUGCUCUCCUCAUUCCCAGCCCUGGCAGGUGGCUCUGUUCCAGAAGACACGGCUGCUCUGUGGGGCAACCCUCAUCGCUCCCAAAUGGCUCCUGACAGCAGCUCACUGCCGCAAGCCGUGGGUGCUCUCAUCCCUUCCCCUGUCCCAUGUCUCGCCCCUCCUCCCCUCUCCUGCCUCUCCCCUGCCUUCCAUCUCUGACCGCCAUCUCUCCCACCUCAGCCGAUAUGUAGUUCAUCUGGGGGAACACAACCUCCAGCGGCGGGAUGGCUGUGAGCAGACCAGAACGGCCACCGAGUCCUUCCCCCACCCAGACUUCAACAACAGCCUCCCCAACAAAGACCACCGCAAUGACAUCAUGCUGGUGAAGAUGGCAACCGCAGCCUUCAUCACUAGGGCCGUGCGACCACUCACCCUGUCAUCGCGCUGUGUCACUGCGGGCACCCGCUGCCUCAUUUCUGGCUGGGGCACCACGUCCAGCCCCCAGUUGCACCUGCCCCAUACGUUAAGAUGCGCCAACAUCACCAUCAUUAAGCAUGAGGAGUGUGAGAAGGCCUACCCCGGCAACAUCACAGACACCAUGGUGUGUGCCAGUGUUCGGGAAGAGGGCAAGGACUCCUGCCAGGGUGACUCUGGGGGCCCUCUGGUGUGUGAUGGGUCUCUUCAAGGCAUUAUCUCCUGGGGCCAGGAUCCAUGUGCUGUCACCAGAAAGCCUGGUGUCUAUACAAAGGUCUGCAAAUAUGUAGACUGGAUCCAGAAGACUAUGGAUAAUAACUAG